CCACGGCUCUGAAACGCCAGCCGACAGAGGUUUACAUUUUGCAAACCCUUGCGUGGCUGCCGGCGCCGGGCAUGCUCAAACGCCCAGGACUGGCUUUUUUCGGUUUCCAACUUUGGCAGCUCUCCCACCCCCACCCGAAGGGGCAGCGGUGGGGGCGGCGUGGCCCACGUCGGGAGGUGUCGGAACGCCCGCCCGGGAGAGGAAGCGUUCACCUGUGCUCGCGGCUGCACGAGCGCGGAGGGAGCGGCGGGCUCUCGCUCCGGGCACCAUGGGCUGCACGCUGAGCGCCGAGGACAAGGCGGCGGUGGAGCGGAGCAAGAUGAUCGACCGGAACCUCCGCGAGGAUGGCGAGAAGGCGGCGCGCGAGGUCAAGCUGCUGCUGCUGGGUGCUGGUGAAUCUGGGAAAAGUACAAUUGUAAAGCAGAUGAAAAUUAUCCAUGAAGCUGGUUAUUCAGAAGAGGAGUGUAAACAGUAUAAAGCAGUGGUGUACAGUAACACCAUCCAGUCAAUUAUUGCUAUCAUUAGGGCCAUGGGAAGGUUGAAGAUAGACUUUGGUGACUCAGCUCGGGCGGAUGAUGCUCGCCAACUCUUUGUGCUUGCUGGAGCUGCUGAAGAAGGCUUUAUGACUGCAGAACUCGCUGGAGUUAUAAAGAGACUGUGGAAAGAUAGUGGUGUACAAGCCUGUUUCAACAGAUCCCGAGAGUACCAGCUUAAUGAUUCUGCAGCAUACUAUUUGAAUGAUUUGGACAGAAUAGCACAACCAAAUUACAUCCCAACUCAACAAGAUGUUCUCAGAACUAGAGUGAAAACUACAGGAAUUGUUGAAACUCAUUUUACUUUCAAAGAUCUUCAUUUUAAAAUGUUUGAUGUUGGAGGUCAGAGAUCUGAGCGGAAGAAGUGGAUUCAUUGCUUCGAAGGAGUGACUGCGAUUAUCUUCUGUGUAGCCCUGAGUGACUAUGACCUGGUUCUCGCUGAAGAUGAAGAAAUGAAUCGAAUGCAUGAAAGCAUGAAAUUGUUUGACAGCAUAUGUAACAACAAGUGGUUUACAGAUACAUCUAUUAUACUUUUUCUAAACAAGAAGGAUCUCUUCGAAGAAAAAAUCAAAAAGAGCCCUCUCACUAUAUGCUAUCCAGAAUAUGCAGGAUCAAACACAUAUGAAGAAGCAGCUGCGUAUAUUCAGUGUCAGUUUGAAGACCUCAAUAAAAGAAAGGACACAAAGGAAAUAUACACCCACUUCACAUGUGCCACAGAUACCAAGAAUGUGCAGUUUGUUUUUGAUGCUGUAACAGAUGUCAUCAUAAAAAAUAAUCUAAAAGAUUGUGGUCUCUUCUAAGUUUUGAGGUUAAUGGUAAAUUGCAUUUUCAAACCAAAUGAGUACUUAUAUAUGGAUCUCUCUAGACUAGAGUCUUGCAGCAACACAGAAUGUAGUAUAUGGCACGUGCAUCUGGGACCUGACCAAAGUUGUUCUAUUUUGUUUUUUUAACUAAAAGUAGCAGAAGGAUCUUUCUUAAACAUGACAGAUGGCCCUGCAGAGUGAGACUGAAGGACAGUGUUAAAGCUGGGCUCUAGUAUAUUGAUGAUUUCUGCAUAAGUGUAAAUAUGCAAAUGUAUGUAUACAUGUAUUUAUGACUUUAAUUGUCCACAUUACUUUUAGGUUUUAAGAGUGGCAAUUUAGGAUUAUAGAGUGAUGGCCUUGGAAAUAACAUAAAUAUUAAGACAGAAUAUUAAUAUGUUUGCCAGUUUUAAACAGCUUUAUUUAUGUUUAUGUCCUGUAAAUUUUUAAGUAAAAUAAUUAAUAUUAGGAAAUGUUACAGCCCUUAUCUUGGUUAUGUGUAUACUUGUAUUCAUAAAAAUGUUAUUUGUACAAACAUUGCAGACUAUUUUAAUAACAUGAUUUGUUCUUUAAAUUUAAUGUGUUUUAUUGAAAUGUUCUUAAGAUGAAUAUACCUGCUUUUGGAUCAAUUAUUUAAACAUAUGCAUUUUGAUUUUAAAAAAUAAAAUAAUUUGAUUUUACAUUAGAUUACACAUUAGAUUUGGUUUGAAAAACUAAAAUUUCAGGUUUUUUAAUAUCUGCUCGUUUGAACUUAUAUACACUUAAUUUUUAUCAGUUGGUUGUUUUCACUUUGAAUUUUAGUAUUUGGCUGGUAUUCAUGCAUUGCCUCAAAGGUGAUGUCAGAUUAAUUUUUAUACACUUUAAAUAACUACAUUUUUAUUUAUAACUAGGUUUAGGUGGAUGUUAAGAACAUAAAAAACAUGUUGUCAUAAUUAACUUUGAGACAUUCAUUUGUGUAUUUCCUUUGGGAAGUCCCUUGUACCUACCAUACAUAAUAGUUUCUUGUUUAGAGAAUAACAAGAGAGAUCUUUGAAUACUCUAUUGCUGAUAAAAUGCAAGCUUUAAAUUUACAUAUGUAACUAGUUUCAAAUUUAAUUAGCACCCUAAGUUAAAAUUACUUUUUUCCCUUAGAUAUUCAAAUUUUCUCCACUUGCUAUAGUCUUUAUUUCCUUUUCAAUUAUGCAAUUAUUUCUGAGAAUGAAAUGGACAAUUACACUUAGAAAAUGAGUAAUAGUAUUUAACAAAGUCAGUGAUUGUAUGUAUGCUCAAAUAAGUGUUACAUAUCAGCUAGAUAUUAAGCUUUGAUAGAAUAGUUUUCUUUUGAUUAUUCACAAUGUGUCUUUGUGACCUUGUUUCAGCAAAAUGAACAGCACUCCUUACCCCACCUCCCAUAUUUUUAUACUCAUCUUGAAAAAAUUAGUCUGUCAGUAAAUUAAACUGAUAAGUAGUUUUUAAGUUUAGUUAAGUGUUAUCAUUUUGUUGAAGUAUAUUUGUUAAAGUAUGUAUAUAUGUAUGUGUGUGAAUAACCAUUAGCUACAUUCAUAUCUGUUUUGUUUGAGGGACUUUCUUUUUUGUAAUGUAAAAAAAAUUCAAAGUUAUCGAAUUCCUUAAAUGUGUUGGUUUAGAUUCUUUAUGUGCCUUUCAUGAAAGGUAUGUUUUCAUUAAUUUUGCCGAUGGAGGACCUGUAAUAUCUACAUUGUGAAGCUGUGUAUGAAAUUCAACUAUAAUAUGAAUAAAUUUGAAUCAUGAGAAAUACAGUUUUAAAAGCCACAAAGAAGCACAUAUUGGUGACCAUCGUUGAUGAAUUCCUGAACUUCA